AUGGCUUUCCUUCGGGGGAUCGGCAACGUGCUGAGGAGAUCAGUCACACAAGGCAGCGCCAAUGACGCGCUCGCCGUGUUUCACGCGCCGCAGCCGCACUUAUCGCUGCUCCCCGCCGCCAUGACGCAAGCCGUGCGGUUCAUGUCCGGCAACAAGCUCUUCAUCGGAGGGCUCGCGUGGGAGGCCGACGAGAAGGCCUUGGCGGACGCUUUCUCUGCCUACGGAACCGUCGAGGAAGCCAAGGUGAUCCGGGACCGCUUCACGGGUCGGUCGCGUGGGUUCGGGUUCGUGAGCUUCGCGUCGGACGAGGAGGCUGCCACCGCGCUGGAGGGCGUCAACGGCAAGGAACUGAGUGGAAGGACAGUGCGCGUUGACUAUGCUUCCAACAGGACAGAGGGCGGCGGAGGGGGAGGGGGAGGCCGCAGGGGGGGAUACGUAGAUCUCACCGCGCCGCCAACUCUCUCUCAAGGAUACCGCUACCGUCCCAUACCCCGUCCCACCUCCUCCUCCUCAUCGCGCCACCACAUUCGCCUCCCUUUGUCGUCGGUCCUCCCCCGUUUCAUUAACGCGAGUUCCCCCUCCCUGCGACGUCGCACGCGUCGCAUGGCGUGCGAAGGUUCGCGUCGCAGCGAGGAGUCGCCCGACGUCGCAGCGGUCGCGGCGGGCGAGGGAGCGCCGAAUCAGGGCGGGGAGCAGCGGCGGCAGAAGCUAUGGGAGAUGUACGAUCGGAUGAGGGACAAGCUGUUUACCGACGUGCCUGAGAUGAGUGUGACUGAGCCGCACCAGCUGCUGCCGCCUCCUCACCAGCUCCCCCCUCCCUCUUUUCUCCCCCCUCCCUCUUUUCUCCCCCCUCCCUCCCCCCAUCCCCCCACCAGAGGGGUUGGGAACGAACGGGAAGGCGGAUGGGGGAGGGGCUGGGGGGAAGAGGGGAGAGGGGGAAUGUGGGGAGGGGGCGUGAGUGGAGAGGGAGGAGGAGUAGAAGUGGGGGGAGGGAGUGGGCGGGGCAGGCGGCGGGUGGUGGUGGUGGAUACGCGCACAGAGGAGGAGGUGGCAGUGUCGAUGAUUCCGGGCGGCACACUGAAGCAGAGCGACUUUGAGCGGCAGAUGGGACGAUUCAGCGACCACCAAGUCGUGUGCUACUGCACCAUAGGCUAUCGCAGCGGCAACUAUGCCCGCAUGCUGCGCUCGCACCACAGCAUGCAAGCGGCCAACCUCAGGGGCUCCAUCCUCGCAUGGACCCACCACCGCCUCCCCCUCACCUCCCUCUACCACCCUCAAACCGGCUCUGGCCCGCCCCCCCUCCCUCAUCACGCCAACACUAGCGCCAGCACCAGCAGCAACACCAGCAGCAACACCAGCACCUCGCAUGAGGCAACAGCCCAGCAUCAGGCAACUGCCGAUCAUGAAGCAUCAGGAAAGGGAGCAACGGGCUCUGGUGCUGCCACGGAUCUGCCAGUGCUUCGCUUUGGAGCCACCACCCGGGUGCAUGUGUACUCGCCCAAGUACGAGCUGCACGCAGAUGGGUACCAACCGGUGCACUUUGCGAGUGGUGUGCCGUGGGUGUCUGCUGUUUGGAGUGACAUUCGUCUGAGGCUGCCCAAGUGGGUUCCGCUGGUGAAGGCCAGUGCUUUUGCUGGCCGGGUGCUUCGCAUUCCUCGGCACCUGGGUGCAACCGUGCGUGCAGGGCGUCGGCCAGUCCAUGCUGCCAUGGCGCUCAAUAAGGAGACUGCUUCAAACGAGGAUGGAAGAUCAGGAGAAGCAGAAAAGGCGAGGGGAGAGGAGGAAGCAGGGAAGGAGAAGGUGGAUAAGAGCAGCAACAGAGAGACGAGAGGAGAGGCGGGUGGGAAGGAGAAGGGCGAGCAGGAGUCAGUUGUCAUGACACGUCACCAGUGGGAGUUGGUAGUGCAGGUGGAUGGCGGUGGUCGGCUGGUUCCCGUGCAUGUGAGACGAGUGGGUUCGGUGGGGCCAUCCAUUGUGGUAGCUCCACAUGUGCUCUCCCCCAUUCCAACACCACUGCCUCCCUGCCCAACCUGCCCCCGCCCAGCCGACUCAUGCUGUGAAUUAUUCCCACCCGUGGGGCAUGAGAUCAGUCGCACAAUGCCUCAAGGCUGCCUUCACUUCACACACAACACGUGUGGUACACAGUGUAUGGAGGACUGA